AUGUCUGGUCGCGGGAAGGGUGGCAAAGGUUUGGGCAAAGGUGCUGCUAAGCGUCACAGGAAAGUUCUGCGUGACGACAUUCAGGGAAUCACCAAGCCUGCAAUUCGCCGUUUGGCUCGGCGUGGCGGGGUCAAGCGGAUCUCUGGGCUCAUUUACGAGGAGACCCGUGAGGUGCUCAAGGUUUUCCUGGAAAACGUUAUCCGGGACGCCGUCACCUAUACAGAACACGCCAAAAGGAAGACCGUUACCGCCAUGGACGUGGUCUUUGCGCUCAAACGUCAGGGCCGCACUCUCUACGGCUUCGGGAGCUAA